GCCCGCUGCAGCAGAGCAACCUGGAUACGCUCCUCAUGUCCUGUUCAAACAAGCCAGCUCUGGGUUUUCUCUCUCUCAGACGGGGAAGGGUAGUGAAGGGCAACCACGCUGGCAGCUUCACGCGUCCCACCGCUCUCUGCACACGCCUUUUCUCUCCUCCUGAAGUCUGAAGAGGAUUCAAGGGGACGGGCCGGUUCUGAUCUGAGUCAGUGUCAGCUUACAUCCUGCGGCAGACGGGAGACGCAGCAGUAAACUCAGAGGAGGAGGCGGAGGAGGAGGAGGUGGGGGGUGGCAACGCUGAAUGGACAAAACAUGGGGUCGGAUGAGGCUUACAACUUUGUCUUUAAGGUGGUUCUAAUCGGAGAGUCUGGGGUAGGAAAGAGCAACCUGCUGUCCCGCUUCACCAAGAACGAGUUCAGCCAUGACAGUCGUACGACCAUCGGGGUGGAGUUCAGCACGCGGACCGUGCAGCUCAGUGGCUUCACCAUCAAGGCCCAGAUCUGGGACACGGCCGGGCUGGAGCGGUACCGGGCCAUCACCUCGGCCUACUACCGAGGAGCGGUCGGAGCCCUGCUGGUCUACGACAUCACCAAACACCUGACCUAUGAGAGCGUGGAGCGCUGGCUGAAGGAGCUGUACGACCACGCGGACCCCCACAUCGUGGUCAUGCUAGUGGGGAAUAAAACGGACCUGGAGUCAGAGAGAUCUGUGCCCACGGAGGAGGCCAAAGACUUUGCAGAAAAGAAAGGCAUUUUGUUCCUGGAGACCUCGGCCUUGGCGUCCACUAACGUGGAGGCAGCGUUCAACAACGUCUUAGCAGAGAUCCACAGGAAGGUGAGCAGUAAAGAAGUGGUCCGAGGCUCCAUCAGCGCCGUGACCCUGAACAGCUCCGGAGCAGAAAACCAACAGGAGAACAAGCCCUGCUGCAAGAACAUCUGAUCGCUCCGUCCCUCGGGACGACGGGACGACGUCGGGCGCCAACAUCGAUGAUUCUGGCCACUUUCAGAUGACUGAUUCAUGAGCUGCGCAGGCUGCACGGCAGCACGGUGCGUUUAGAUUAAACAUGUGACCUGACGUAGCUGGAAACCGACAAAAGGCCCUGCUCACCACUGAACACAGGUCAAAGGUGAAACCGUGUGAAGAUUAUUUAUAAUUGGUGCAGUAAAUUGGAGAAGUUUAAAAUACGACGUGUAUGUGUGAAUGUUUUUUCUUAAAUCCUGCAGCUUGUUGUAAGCGCUGACUGUGAGACAGCGGCGUCACUGCCGAGCGUCAUGAGACUGAUUUCUGCAUUUCUGUGGACAAAUAAAUGAUUUCUGGAGACAAACUGUGUUUUUUUUUUUUUGGGCUGAGGACAUUUUGACAUAUUCGGGAUAAAACUAAACUUAAUUGUGAUGUAUUGUAAAUCUUAAUCUUCUCUGUAUAGUUUGCUAAAUGCCAAUUCCUAUGUAAAUUCGAGAUAAAUAAACAUAUACGAAUACUUCAA